UCACUAUAGACCACUAUAGAAAAGGCAAAGUGUAGUAUGCCAGUCCUGGCGGGAGCGCACCUGGUGGAAAGGGAGAUGAUCAAUUUAAAAUUGAAGUUAGCUUAUAGGAGCCAUUCAUUUACGAAUUUUUCUAAAGUUCCCGAGCACUGUUUCUUCAUAAAUUAAUGGCAGAAGUGCAUGUAAUCGGUCAAAUUGUUGGGGCUAGUAAUUUUCCAAGUUCUACACUGUUCUGCAAGUGGGCUUUUCAUGCAGGUGGUGCUUGGAAAGUUGUUUCUGGGCUCAAAGAAGGGCAAACUCAUAUAGACAAUCCAGAAUAUGGAGAAACUACGUACUGGUGUCAUCCAGUAGAUAUUCAUUUUGCAACUAGAGGUGUUCAAGGGUGGCCUAAAAUUCAUUUUCAAGUUUAUCAUCAAGAUAGAUUUGGCCGUUGUGAGAUCUACGGAUAUGGCUUCAUCCAUGUUCCCACUACUCCAGGCAAUCACGUACUAGAGUGCGUUACUUGGAGACCAGUUGGUUCAAUGCGAGAUCAGAUCAAUCAGUUCUUUUUAGGCGGUGGUCCUCAGUUGAAGAAUCCAGAUGUUGUUUACUCAGGGCAAGACCGUUACAGACUUCAGACUGAAACAAUGGGUGUUAUUCAUCUGGAAUUGAAUGUUAUUUUACGCAAUUUUCACAAAUUUGGUGUAGAAUAUUAAUACAGAAGCUACCAGUUGAAAAUUUUUUAAUCUACGAUGACAUUUUUAAAGAGAAGAGUAUUUAUACUUCUGAUGUGUAUUGUUUACACUUUGUCUGAAGAUAUUCUUAGUUCUCAUACAGAAAACCCUCUUUCUAUAUCAGUAUGUAAUAAUGAUACUGAAAAUGGACAUUGUGAAACAAUAACUACACACCCAAGUAUAGAAAAUAGUACAGAGUUUAAUAGUUCAUCUACCACUGAAGAGAUUGCAAAUUCUACCGUCACACAAGAAAUUGAAGAGAACCAGAACAUUUCCACAGAGGUGGCCGAGACUACAACUCUCCCUCCCUCUUCAGUGCCUUCAACCCUUUCUACUCCCCCCACCCCAGAGAGAGCUACCGCAGAGCCUUCGUACGGCAUGCACUUCAUUCCUGAGGAUAUAUGCUCAUGUGACAUAACCGUGAGUAUUGAAACCUUAUGCAAAAGUUUGGAUAUUAGACAUAUUUUUUAAAAGUUACAAGAACAUCUGGUAAUACCUUGCGGAACACAGCAGCAGUAGUAUGGUGACUAAAAUGUUGAUAGCCACGCCUAGGCUACAGCAUCUCCCGUGAAAACAAAAAUCUACUAAAAAUGUGUUUACUUCAAAAUAUCUGGCUGUGAGCAACCCAAGUGCUUAAAACAUACACAGGAUUUUCACCAAAAGAUUGUGACCAAGUUAAAAGAUUUUAAAAAACUGUUUGAGAGACGAAAAAUUUAUCAGUGGAAACUUGAUGUUAUAAAAGAACCCGUGUUUCAGCCUGUGAUGUAUAGAGCUGGAACAAUUGUAUGGUCUAUUUCAAAUGCAACUCUAUCGCCUUUAGUUCUUCCAAAUAAACAAAUCACUGCCUUCUGUGAAGUAUCAUUGCCUGUUCAGUACCUAAUUGAUUGGAGUGGAUCAUGCUCUUCUGUAGGCUUGACCUGUACAUCAAACAGUGGAUUAAGUGCAUCUUCAUACUAUGAAAAUGUGUUUGUAAUUGCUACACCACAAUUGAUGAAUCAUACACAUUUGAUGUAUUUUUUGGAGCAACAGGAGUGUUCAUACAACAUCUGUUUGCCGUUCAGUUUGUUCCUGUGCUCUCCAGACACAGUUAGUGUCGAAGAUUGCUCGCUUGUUGAUGAUAUUGAGGUUCCAUCUUAUGGAAAUGAAACAGGUUUGUGUUCAAAUGUGGUAAAACAAGUGAAGUACCGUUUACAUCACAAUGGCACUUUAGGCAUUAUCAAGGCAGAAGCUUACUUUUGGGUUGUCAAUUUAAAAUCUGGUCAAACUGACUUGAAACAGACAUUUUCAGUUGAAUUUGUGUGGGCAGAUGCCCCUAGAAGAGUACUUCAUCGCAGUGGCAAUCCAGGAUAUAUAUUUGGUAAGCCCGUUAUUGCUGGUCAAAAGAUCUUUCGUUCUGAGACUGAAGAAGAACCAGACAAAGAAGCCAUUUUGCUGAGCGAAGAACAAUCAAAAUGGCUGACUUUCCCUAAACCGGGAACAGGUGGAUUGUGCAUUAGUAGUAUGGCAGAAGGAAGUAGAAUACCAGUGAAUUUUGGGGAGAAUUUAUUAUCUUCUUGCAUAAUCCAACUUUCUGUGAGAAAUUUCUCAUCUCCAGAAAAUUGCUCUCUUCUCCAGAGAAAAUUUCUUCAUAUGUUGCUGGGUGAUGUGAUGAUUAAUGUGACUGAAGCAAAGCAAUUUAAUAUGUAUGUUUCAACGUUUGGUGAUGCGAAUGUUGAGGAGACUGGGGACUGGGUGCCUGUGCUACUCGAGAACAUGCCCAUUCUGUCAGUCGACUGGAAGGAAGAGGGUGCUUCUCUAGUGUGUAAAAGUGUUGUCACAAGUCUGCAUAUAAAUAUUGUGACUUCCAAAGUAGGCCUUGCCACAAAGCCUCAGACUAAAAUCUUGGGGGUGGCUGUUACGUUUGGUGGUGGACGAGAUCUCGUGUUCGAUUGCUCUCCGAGUCCUUGCUCAAGUGUAGAUGUAAGCAAAAGGCAAAAGUUUGAAAUCCAGUCUUCUGUCUCGUUUGUAGAUGUCUCCAAACCACCCGUCAUUCAUUUUGCAGAGCCUCCUGUGUACGAAGUGAAGUUGCCCUAUGACUUUUUUUAUCCAUUUCUGUCUUCUGGUGGAGUGAAAUUGACUUAUUGUUGUUAUAUUUUGAGCACUACUAUUCUUUUUCUUUGGCAACUUGUUCUGAAGUUGUUAGUUGGUUGCUAAAUAGAGUAGGUUUGUAAGUCUCUCUUUUGCAACAAAUCUGUCGGUGAAGUCCGAGGAAAGAAUGACAUGAGAGAGGGUGUGGCUAUCUGUAUAGGCUCCGCAGUGUGUGUUUUCACAAGCAGAUGUCAGGAUUACCUCAUAAGGUUUCUCUCCUCAAAAGACCCAACGAAAAUGUUUGCUUAUUCUCUUUUUUAUGACAAUGGGACUGCUGUUGGCUCUAGAAAAUUUAUUUUCUCUCUGUUGGUAAUCGUCGUUUGAAAUGAUUAUGUAGUUUGCAUAAUUAUUAAAUGUAAAAGUGAAGAAAAGUAAACUUCAACAUUAUAAAUGUCUUCUGUUAAGUGAAAUGAAGCAAUCAAGAAAUGCUUAAAAUGGAAAACCUUAAUUUUGUUAAAUUUUAUCUAAACUUUGCACAAAUGCUAGUCUGCAAACUUUUCUGACUUCUUGCUCCAGAAGCUCAUUACACAUUGCCAUGAGUGUGUCAUUUUCCUUAGCCUUCUAAUUCAAUUGAUUUUGCAAGUUUGUCUCUUGAAGUUCUAAAUGAGCCAUAGAACUGCUGUAUUUUGUGAAUUUCCAAUUUAUGCCACUUUUCUUCAGCCAAAAGCUUUUCAUUUUCACUUCAAAGCUGACUUGCCAAAAGCCAGGAAAGUUGAGAUCUCUGGAAAAGGGAAGGAAUUUCAGCUGUGGUAGGGAAAAAAAUAAGUUCUUUACAUUUGAAAAUGAGUUUAAAUUAUUUUUAUUUAUUAAAUUAUUUAUUAUUAUGAUUAUUUAAAUUUAAAUGAAUGGGGUUGAGUAAUAUGUAAAAUUUUCUUUAGAAGACAAAUUUCUUGCACCUACAUAGCACGAAAUGAAACGCUGUUCAUUCUUCUCUAUGAUGUAACAUGGAAAUGUGGUCUUUCUUCAUGAGAUGAGGUGGGCACUAAAUCAUUUGAGUGUGCAAGGGGAUUGCCUGUGCGAAUGGGUGUGUGCUGGGGAGGGAGGAGGCUUGCGCUUGGAUCAGUAGAACAAAGGGCUCGUCCACGUUGACCUACUUCUGAGAUAUUGAGGCUUUUACUAGAACUUUCUUAAUUUAACUCAGGACACAUUUAAACUUUUGAACACAGCACACUUCCAUACAAGUCGAUACUGGAGUUAAAUGACACAUUAACUGAAAGAAUAAUAUUGAAGUUAUAUUUAAUGCAAAUAACUGUUUCACAAACAAUGUUGGAUAGCCCUUCAAUUAUGGAUAUAGUUUCGUUCAAAUGGAAUACAUAGAGAUUUUUGAAUGGCACAUGUGCCUUCCAAGGGAUUCGUACUCUCAGCGAUUGGUUCUGCAUUCUUACACACUGCUGUAAAAGGCAUGGAUUGAUUAUACAUGUGUGGAAGUCUGUGUUUCCUGCGAAAAUACAGACAGGACUCAAUUGUUGUGAAACUCCUUUUGUCUGAAUUUGUAUAAGAUAUUUAAUGGUUAAGAAAGGUAUUUUGAAUAUCAUUAUAGUGUGAACCUUUGAUGUGCAAUGAAUGAAAGAAGGGUGACCUCUUGCAUUGUGAAAGAAUUAUUGAAACUCCUUUUCAGUGCCUACUUAAAUGAUUAUUAGAGCCUUUGUGUUCACGUUCUUUCAAAGGAAGAAAAUGUCUGAAUAUCAACAGUGUGUGUUUUUAACUUGUCAGUUGGUAAUUGGUUUUGUUUUUUUAUUUAUUGUAUGUUGUAUUUGUGUAAUUUUAUGAAUUUAUUCCACAAUUAGUAAUCUUUUCCUAAGGUAUUUACAGGUGCACAAAAAAUAAGAGAAAGAUAUUAUUUACUAAUAUUUUUUCCAAAAUAAUAAUAAUAAUAAUAAUAAUAAUAAUAAUAAUAAUAAUAAUAAUAAUAAAUUUGUUCACAAUUUUCAGUUGUGCAAUAUUUUCAAAACUCGAAUUGUGAAUAUGAUUGAAUGAGUGAUCAUCUCACAAAUUAUCUUUCUCAAGCAAUGGAACCUAAUACAUCCUAUGAUAUGUUGAUUGUGAUUUGUUUGUAGACUCAUGUCUUUCAACUAUUCCGUCCAAAGUAUAAGCUGUGAAUGAUUGGUCUAGUCAAAGUAUCUUUAAUUGUUUUCAGGAUGUUUAAGUAUUUUUAAUUGCUGGUCUUGAAAUGCAUUUGAAAUUUGCAGUAGUGCAUACUAUAUAAAAUAAUAAUUUACAUACAUUUUAUGAUAGUACAAAGUUUUAUAGAAAAAUCAAUUAAACCUUUUUCUGAAAAGCAUAUGGUAGUAAUAUAAUUUUUCAUGUAGGAUUCUUUUUCCCUCUUUUUGUGGUGGCUCAGUGGUGACCUACCAGCUUGCUGACCUAAAGGAUCCAGGUUCAUAUCCCAACAUAUACUUUGUUUUUUUAUGAUGUAAAUCAGCUGUUACGAAGUCAAAUUGGGAGCUUAAACG